AGAACACCGCGGCGAGAUGCAGCUUGUUGAAGAUGGGCAGGCAGGCAGGCGGGCAGGCGGGCAGGCGGGCAGGCAGGCAGGCAGGCAGGCAGGCAGGCAGGCAGUGAGUGAGUGAGGGAGGGAGGCAGGCAGGCAGGCAGGCAGGCAGUGAGGGAGGGAGGGAGGCAGACAGACAGACAGUCAGGGAGGGGGAGAGAGAGCGAGAGAGAGAGGGAGGGAGGCAGAUAGAUUAUGAACAGAUGUUCUGAUGCAAAUCAACUCAUCUAAACAUAAUAAAGAAGGCAUAGGGCAUUAGUUGUAUUCGCGUAAUGAGUUCUAAAAUAGAAUGAUGCGUUUCUAUUUGCUUUGUCAGGAGAAUUUGCUUAAUGUAUAAUGCAAAUAUAAUGCAAACACGCACCUGUGAGUACGUUUUAAUAUUAGAAUGCUGCACGCAUAAAACAUAAAUCAAGUUAGCGUCACAGAGUCGUGAUGGUCCAUUGCAAGGCUGUGAGCUGUGUCUUUAGUAACUUCAUAGAUGCACAAACGAUGCUUUACUUUUUGCUAGCCCUGCUGUCUUUUCCUGCCCAUGGUCUUCCGUCGAAUGACCCUGAAAAUCUGGACUGCGUUCCAUUGCAGUAUACUCAGCCUGGGGAUUAUGUGAUUGGUGGAUUGUUCUCCCUGUGCACAACUCCGAUAACGGGACGCCAUGCAGGCGAGUGUAAAUGUGCGGUGGUCGACGAGAUGUCAUGCCAUCUUUUCCAAGUGAUGAGACUCGCUGUGAUGGAAAUCAACAGCUCCGGCCGCCUGCUUCCCAACGUGACUCUGGGGUACCAUGUCUUGGAUUGCACCUCCGAGGCGAUCUGCUUAAAGGCAAUGUUGUACUUUGUUUCAACCAAGAAAGGGCUGCAAGUAAAUUCACAGUCCUUCUUGUACAACGAUCAAACCAACGUGAAGGCAGUGAUCGGCCCCAUGUUCAGCAGCAUAGCCUUGAGUUUGGGACCCAUUCUGAGUCCCUUUCUUAUGCCGCAGGUCAGUUAUGGAGCUACAAAUGAGAAAUUAAGCAACAAGUGGUCAUAUCCCUCCUUCUUCCGGACCAUUCCCAGCGACAAUUACCAAGUCAGGGCAAUGCUCAUGCUGCUAGCAAAGUUUCAGUGGAACUGGAUUGCACUCCUGACCAGCGAAGAGGACUAUGGGGAGGAUGGAGGGCAGAGCUUGCUGGAGCUGGCCUCCCAGUUUGGGGUUUGUGUCGCGUACAAAGGAAAAUUGCCCACUGGCAGUAGCAAUUCGACCACAAGAAUAAAUGAAAUGAUCCAAAACAUCAUCCGAUCGAGGGUGAACGUUACAGUCCUAUUCUCUUUGUUUGCCCCUGCUGUCACAUUCUUCCAAAUGGCAGCGAAAGAGACCAAACUGAAAGACAAAGUGUGGAUUGCCAGCGAGCCCCUGACGUACGAAGCGUUCCUGGAGCAGAACGCUGGCAAGCUUAUAAUACUCCCAGUCACGCAGCCGAAGCUCCCUGAAGAACUUGAAUCUGAAUUCAACAGGAGAGAAAACUAUAAGACCGACACACAGAAUGAGACGAAGGCAAUGCACGGCUGUGAGGAAUGUGGCUCGUUUAUAGAUAAGGGAGUCGACGGACAGUAUGAAUUCAGUGUAUAUUCUGCUGUACACGCUGUAGCGCAUGCUCUGCACCAGCUACUGGGAUGUGACUCGGGAAAGUGCCGCAAGGACGCCUUUCAUCCCAAAGACUUGCUGGUGGAGCUUCAAAAGGUGAACUUUUCUCUUCUCAACCACUCUGUGUAUUUUGACAAGAACGGGAACCACCUUUCUGGUUAUGACAUCGUUGUGUGGGACUGGAAUGCUGGGAAGCUGUCUUCCACCAAGACUGGGUUUUACAGCCCUGCAUCGGAAACCUUUGAGGUCGAUGGAAGUUUGAUCAACUGGACGAAUAACAAGGUGCUGACCUCGGUGUGUUCGGAGGAAUGUCAGACAGGACAUAGGAGGAAGUGGGCUGCAUCGCAUCGCUGCUGCUUUACCUGUGAAGUCUGUCCAGAAGAAACUUUCCUCAAUACCAGUGAUCUCUAUGUCUGCCAACCUUGUCCGAACGGACACUGGUCAUCUAAAGGAAGUGCACUUUGCCAGCCCAGAACCCUGGUGUACCUCUUCUGGAUGGACAGUGUGUCCAUAAUACUGCAGGUGGUGUCUCUCCUUUUCCUGGUUAUGGUUUCAGGCACCGCGGCUGUCUUUGUGACUAACUUGAAAACUCCAGUGGUACGGUCAGCAGGAGGCAAAAUCUCCUUACUCAUGUUGGCAUCGCUGGCAUUGUCUUGUUGUGGUGUCUUUUCUAAUGUUGGGAGGCCCACUGUUGCGACCUGCCAGCUUGCGAUUGUGUUUGCUUUGGGUUUCACAACCUGCCUUUCGUGCAUCACAGUGAGAUCGUUCCAGUUGCUGUGUAUUUUCAAACUGGCUGCAAAGCUGCCCAAUGCCUUUGAUUUUUGGGUUAAAGAACAGGGGCAGUACAUUCUUAUCUUUCUGUGCACCACCCCCCAGAUUGCUAUUUCCAUAUACCUGCUGAUCAGAAGUUUACCUCCUGUUGAAAUCAUUAACAAGGACACUAUAAUGCCGAUAUGCAGUAUCUCAGGUCUGGUGCUGAAUCUGUCUUACAUUGGCCUGCUCAGCUUGUUCAGCUUCGUUUGUUCAUACAUGGGGAAAAAACUGCCAGAUAACUACAACGAGGCCAAGUGCACUGCAUUCAGUUUGUUCAUAUGUAUAACUUCAUGGAUUUCUUAUUUUACAUUGAUAUCUGUAUAUACAGGGAAUCCAGCUGCUUUUAAUGCAGCAGCUAUGUUGAUUACUUUAUUUGCAGUCUUUGGGAGUUACUUCAUCCCUAAAUGCCACGCUAUCCUUAUUAGACCAGAACUGAACACCACUACACACUUCCAGUCCUGCAUCCAGCUGUAUACAAUGCAGAACAAUACACAGUCCAAGCUCAACUGAUGAUCUGUUACUGAAGUGCACAAAUCAAUGUUAUUUCUUAUCAUAAUAUUACUGUUGUAGAAACAGAUAUUUAAAAAAAAAAAAAUUAAAAAAUGGUGAAAACUUUACCACUGAUAUAAGUCUGCACCAUUUUUUUUAUAUGACGGAAGCUUUUUAGGAACCACGUUUUGUUUUAGAACUGCUUUGUGAAUAUUGCCUAUAGUGAGUUAAGUGAAUAAGACCUAAUAUACUCUUGGAAAUCGCUCUCAACGCUGUACAGGAGAAAUGACGCAUAUUUGCAGAUCCGUUUUUGCUACAAUCCUGUAAAACAACUGGUUGAAUGUUGUUGUUUUCUUUCACAUUGGACAAUGGUUUCCUCGGGCAGCUGCUGAGAUUAUAAUGGUUUCGCAUUCACAAACAGUAGCAGGGGACCUAAAACUCGAGGUUGUGUCCUACAGAGUUAGACUCCUGUCCUGUGAAGCAAUGACUCCUCGAACUGUGCCAUUGAAAUGCCCAUUCGUGUCUUGGCACAUGGGGUUCGAUUCAUGUUGAAACUACUAUAGCUUAGAAACCUCUCUUGUAAUGUUAUCGAUCUUGUAUCUGAGUGUGAUUGUGUUAUACUGCUUUUUAUAGGAAUUUCUUAGGAAUGCAUUUAUUAAAUAGUGUAAUGUUGUUUUUUUCAAUAAGUUAACCAAUAAAUAAACUGAUUGAAAUCGAGUAUUUGGGUCUUCAAAUAAAUCUCUCAUUCUCUUACAAAUUCUAUGAUUAUCCUAACAUAUUUUUUGUUCUAAUAUCUUGCUGUUUUGUUAU